UAGAAUCCACUGAGAAAUUCUACAAUGCAGGUCUGGAGAAAGUUAACUUCAAACAAGCUUCAGAAGAUUCUAGAAGACAUAUAAAUGCCUGGGUAGAAGAAAAAACUUCAGGAAAAAUUCAGGAUCUGCUUGGCCCAGGAAUAAUUGAUUCGCGUACAAAACUGGUUUCGUUGAAUGCUAUCUAUUUCAAGGGAAACUGGGCAGAUAAAUUCAACAAAGAUCACACAUCGGAAAAGCCAUUCUGGAUUAACAAGAAUGAAAGCAAAACAGUGCAGAUGAUGUUCAAGAAAGCAAAAUAUAAUAUGGCCCACAUUUCAGCUUAUCAGACUUCUGUUCUUGAGAUUCCAUGUGUUGGUAAUGAGUUGAGCAUGAUCAUUCUGCUCCCUGAUGAGAUUGCAGAUAACUCUACUGGAUUGGAGAAGCUGGAGAGAGAAAUUACAUAUGAGAAACUCAUGGAAUGGAUCAGCCCAAAGAAGAUGUUCCCAAGAGAAAUUGAACUCUCCUUUCCCAAAUUUAAAUUGGGAGAAAAAUAUGAUCUGAAGCCUGUUCUGAGAAGCAUGGGAAUGACGGACGCAUUUGAUGAGGGCAAGGCAGACUUCUCCGGAAUGUCAACUAACAAAGAUUUAGCCCUAUCUGAAGUUGUUCACAAAGCAUUCAUAGAAGUCAAUGAAGAAGGCACUGAAGCAGCUGCUGCCACUGGUGUAAUAACGGUAUUUAAGAGUGCACAGCGUCCAUUAGAAUUAAAUGCUGACCAUCCCUUCCUCUUUUUUAUUACCCAACAAUCUACAAACAGCAUCCUGUUCUUUGGUAGAUAUUCCUCUCCAUAAUGGGUGCAUCCAGCAUAUGUUGGUACAAUGGCUCAGACCCUUAAUUCCUCAUCAGAUUUGUUUAAACCACAUGAUACUGAACUUUCACUAUCACACUUAUAAACUUCUCUGUAAUUAGGGUAGAGAGAGUUCCUUUAUAAUAGUCCACAAUGCUGGAUUUUAAUUCUCUCUUUCCAGAAUUAUUUUUAAUCAAUUCAAGAAAAUAAGUUUUUAGUACAAGAGUUCUGAUUGGUAGAUAAAUCCCGCAAAAUUGGUUUGCUUAUAUAGGAAUGUGGGCUGUGGGCAGAAGCUGUUAAACAUGAAUCAAAUGUAUUACAACACAGAUGUAACUAUGUAUUUGUCCAGUAUACAUUGCCAUGUGAUGAUACAAGUACAGUCAGCUCAGCUUCCAUUGGGACAUCAUGUUUUAUCAUUUGAAUGACGUCAUGACUAGUUGUAGAUGCCUCUGAUAAGCUUAUAAUGGCAAAUGUACACAGUGCUAGAAUGAGGACACGUACAUAUUUUUUGUGAUCAUCGUUUAAACAAAUUUGAUUUUAUGUAACUCAAAUAUCUACAAAUGAUAUUUACCAUAUAUACUUUAAUUCUUAUUUUGCUGCAGUCUUUCAUGUAAUCAAAAUUGAAAUAA